AUGGCUUCACGGGAGAGGCGGGGUAGGGGUUCAGACCGGGUUGGCUUGGAUGAUGCCGGGAAAUUUGUUUCGGUUGGAGUGUCGGACCGGGCUGGCUUGGACGAUGCUUGGAAGUUUGUUUGGUUUGGUUUGGUUGGGUUGUUGGGGUUGUUGGGAAGAGUAGACAUUACUCGUAUCCCUAGGAGCAUGGCACGGUUUAAAGCAAUGAGCAAUCAAGAGAAGGUGUCAUCAUUUGAUCACCACCUCAUUCGUAUUGAGGAGCAUCAAACUAGUUCCUCCCGAGGUGGGGAUCCUAUGGAUACAAGUUCAGCUCCUUGCAGUGAUGAUGAGGACACUAAGGAAGGAAGUGGUGAUGAAGAAGAGAAAGAUAAGGAAGAAGAGAAAGACUCUGAGGAUGAAGAGCAAUAUGAAGAAGAGAGAGAUGAAGAAGAUGACGAAGAGGAUGACAAUGCUGAUAGUUAG